AUGGCUGACGAACAGACAACAUAAGCUAAAAGUKGAGCMAGAAAGCAUUUCUUUUCUGCUCACAAAAAUGUCUGAUGAYCAAGAAAGGCAAGAGGAAGAUGUAAAAUCUCUCAAUAGUCAUGCAGUAUCACCUGUUCGCUUUCAAAAUAGGACAGGAAGACGUGUAAAUCUAAUCUGGGUCGACUUCAAUGGAAGACAACGCGUGCAAUUUGAGCUUGAAUCCGAACAAGGAAUCAACUUUAAUACAUAUGUUUCACACCCUUGGAGAGCUGAGGAUACAGAAAGUAGGAACGAACUUCUAUUGAACUUUUAUGAGACUUUUUUUCCGCCUAAUCCAGAAGUUGCUCGUAUAGAUAUGAGGCAGAGAAGAGCAKUGGUCAGGCGACUGAAUGUCAACAUCACCACACCAGUUUACAGACUCGAAAAAUACUGUCGAGAAUCAAUCAAAAGACUUGUUCGAAAGGAUAAACUGGUUGAGCUUCCACUGCCAAAGAUYAUUGUACAGGACCUAUUAGAUGAGUAUUAGACAAU